CUGAAAUAAUAUUAAAUACUAUAAUGGUACCAUUAUAUAUGUAAUGGACAAAGCAUAAAUAAGCAAUCAUAAAAAAAUGAAAUUUUAAACUUUUCUACCCGAAAAUACGGAAAUCAUGUAUUAACUUAGUAGUUGAAUACAAUACAAUAAUACGAGUUUGAUUCACCAAUACAAUAACGAGGAUCAAUUUUCCAUCCCUUUUGAUCAUAAUGGAUUAUCCUGACUCCGAAAUCAAAAAACUAAAAAUAGAACACCAAACCCAAUAUUUAUAAAAGAAGCCUCCAAAAAAAAAGAAAAAAAACUGCUGUCAUUUGAUACCUGUUGCUGUUGGAUUCAUUAAAAUCUCCCUUAAUAUCCUCCAGGAAUGGGAGGAUUCUCAUAUGAUCAUCAUUCAUCAGUUGGAAUUUUGUAAAUAUCUUAAUUUGAUUUUGAUUUUCUUCUACUAUUCAAAGAAAAUGGGGAAAAGCAAUAAACUUUAUGAUGAAUUGCUCUUACCCUGAAUUGCACCCUACAGAAAACUCAGCCUCUCAUACACUUUGAUUAACAGAAAAUGGAGCAAUUCAGGCAAAUAGGAGGAGUUUUAGGAAGCAUGAAUGCCUUAAUGAUAUUACAAGAACGAGAUCAGCUAAAUAAGAGACAGUGCAGUUUAUUGUUUGACAUGUUUAAAUUAGCAUUUGAUGUAUUAUCAGAAGAGAUAAAACAGAACCUUAGAUUAGAAGAAAAGUACAUGAAAUGGAAGGUUCUAGAACAACCCUUAAAAGAGCUUUAUAGAGUAUAUAAAGAAGCAGAAUUGUAUUUGAAACAAUGUAUGGAUUCAAAGGAUUGGUGGGUAAAAGUGUUAUACUUUCAUAACAAUCAAGAUUGUGUUGAAUUUCACAUCCAUAACUUGCUUUGUUACUUUGCAAUCGUCGUAGAAUCGAUCGAAACAGCUGGGGAAAUAUCCGGGCUUGACUUAGAUGACAUGAAGAAGAAGAGAAUGAUAUUGGGUAGUAAGUAUGAUAUGAAAUGGGAUGACCCAAAACUUUUCAUGUGGAAAUAUGGGAAGCAAUACCUAAUUUCGGAGGAAAUUUCGAGUAGGAUGUGUAGGGCUCAAAAAGAAGAUAAGUGGGUAUUGCUGGAAAUGAUGGAGGAGAAGAAGUUAUCGAGUAUUUGUAGGUCGAACAAAGAAGCACAACGGUUGAGUGAAAUGUUUACGAGGAUGAUUAAUGAGGAAGAUUGGUUAUGUGAUGCUUCGGUUUUGAGAGGAUGGAAGGAUUAUCAAGUGAGAAGGCGGUUAGGCGGAGGAAAAGAGUAUAAGGAGAUGCAAUGGUUAGGGGAGAGUUUAGUUUUGAGAAAGUUAAAUGGGGAGUGUUCAUUAUUGAAUAAAGAGAUUUGUUCAUUGGUGUAUCUAUCACACCCUAAUAUAGUCCAAUAUCUUUGUGGAUUCCAUGAUGAGGAAAAGAACGAGUAUUUGGUUGUAAUGGAGCAGAUGAGUAAAGAUCUUAGGAGCUAUAUAAAAGAGGUUUGUGGGUUAAAAAGACGACGGUUACCCUUUGCUUUCCCGGGUGCUGUUGAUAUGAUGUUGCAAAUUGCAAGAGGGAUGGAGUUCCUACACUCAAAGAAGAUUUAUCAUGGAGAUUUGAAUACUGCAAACGUUUUUAUCAAACCGAGAAAUCCAGCUUCUGAUCAAGCUUACUUCCAAGCUAAAGUAUCGGGUUUUGGGUUGAAUGAUGUUAAAACUGUUUCGUCUAGAAGCACUUCACCUAACCGCAAUGAUAUAGUCCCUUUCAUUUGGCAUGCCCCUGAAGUUUUGACUGAGCAAGAAAUGAAGUAUUCCGAGAAAGCUGAUGUUUAUAGCUUUGGGAUGCUUUGUUUUGAGCUUUUAACUGGGAAGCUCCCCUUUCAAGAUGGUCAUCUUCAGGGAGAUCAAAUGAGUAGAAAUAUUAAGGCAGGCGAACGCCCUUUAUUCCCCUUUGCUUUACCUAAGUAUCUUGCUACUCUCAUAAAAAAAUGCUGGCAAACUCACCCUAUACACAGACCUACUUUUUCGUCCAUUUGUAGGAUACUUCGCUAUGUCAAGAGGUUGAUUUUGAUCAACCCUCAUCUUGCACAACCCGAAAUUCCAUCUAUCCUUCAACUUGAUCUUUGUGAUUUAGAAUCCGGGUUUUUGAAUAAAUUCCCAUCACACCCCUCUUCUGUUUCACAGAUUCCGUUUCAGUUGUUCUCCUACAGAUUAGCCGAGAAACAGAAGAAGCUUUAUGGUCGAGACAAGGAUUGGGAGACACAUAGUGAGGUGCUUAUUUCAUCUCCUAUGGCUGACAUGCUUAAUGUAUUAGACGGCUCAUUUUCACCCGUUCAUGGCACUAAGUCGGUUUGCCUAGACAUUACCGAUCAGAAGAGACACUCGGUUUUCAGGAGGGUUAGUGGAAAGGCGAAGGAUGAUCAGUUUUUGCAAGCACAGGACACAUUGUCUGUGUCUUCUGAAAUUUCGGAGAAAAAAGUUCCGAUUCUAAGGAAAUCAAACAGUGUAGCGGAAGGGAACUCGUCUUCACUAAGGAACCAAGCAAAAUCGGUCUGCAUAGAGAUUCCUGAACAAAAAACGUCGUCUUUGAAGAAAUGCAACACUCUUCCUUUUAUGAAAAGACUCGAUGAAUCGAGAUCACCGAGUAGUGAUGUCCCUGCAAAGAAAGUGUUAGAUAAGAAGGUUCCACCUCUGAGGAAAUCGAACAGCAGCAGGACGAGUCGAGAUUCAGGAAAACCGAAAGAGAGACCGUCAUUUUUCGUUCCAAGGGGUUCAACGAUUACAGCAGAGAAGCAGCUACAACCAUCGGUGCCUCAGAAAUCGAGUAGAACGAAACACAAACAUACCGGUCUUUCUCCUGAUAACUCGAGUUAGUUAAUCUGCAAGAAAAGUUACUUUCGAAUUCUCAAAAACUUCGUUUGAUGUUGGUAAUUGCCGCUCUUCCUGGUUGCGAGUUUUAGGUUCACAAAAAUCGUUUGAUGCGAGUUUUAGGCUUUGUUAGCAACACAUUUUGUGCAAGAAUGGUGUUAGAUUUGUAGUCUUUUGCUCUCAACAGGAGGAAUGAAUUUUGUAUGCUGUUAGAUUAUAGCAAUCAUUGUAUUCUUUGCACUUGAGAUAAUCAAAAAUUGUUUGUAAA